CUGCAGUCGUUUCGGUGGCCAUGUUGGCUCUGUAUGUUCCGAUCACGAUUCUCAUGUGGUCUCUGCUCAGGAUCAAUACCCCAAGGGGCAAAUACGUGAGUGCAACCCAGAUACUUUGCAGGUGACGGAGAUGGUGUCCAGAGCCAAGAUGUGUCGCGACUAUGAGUUCGACGAGGCGGGCUGGAACACCAGUCUUCAUCACCACGUCAUCAAUCUGGCGGUACCGGAGUUUUACCAAGCGACAGGCAAACUUGUCUACAUGAUUCCGUGCACGAGUGCAAACACCCUUCCGGACCUUGUUCAGACAAGCGCAUUCCGGAAAGUCGAUUUCUGCCUCUGCAUCGAACCCACUGGUGCCGCCGCCCAAGCCAUCAAUAGAUUGGUGCUGACCGAGACGCCGUCUAUCAACCACACAGAGUACGGCGCCCUGAAAACACGGCCGAUUGGCCUUAGUAUCGAGACGAAGCUUCAGGGUGAAGGCCUAUCGGUCGCUGAGGCCCAGCUCCUGACCUGGCAUGCGAGCCAAUGGCGCAUGCUAGAUCGUCUCAUGGCCGGCACCGUUCCGCGGAUGCCACUGAUCGAUUUCCUUCCUGGCAUCAUUGUCCAAGGAAACGACUGGUUAUUCGUAGCGAGUACGAGAGAUGGAGAUGAAGUGACGUUGUGGUCGAAUCAGAUGAUUGGCUCGACAAGUGAACCGCUGGGGGUAUAUCAGAUUGUCUGUGUGCUCCAGUUUCUGAUAUCCUGGAUCGAGGACGUUUACUGGCCUUGGUUUCAGCAGGCCGUACUGUGCCUUCAUCCGGAGCCUGUGUAGAGAGAUGAACUGAGCCGCAAGCUUCCCUCUAUCCGCCAUGCCAUACUCUACAGCGUUGUCGUGGAUGGGCGUGAAUGUGGAAGCCCGCAGCGUCGCACUCAUGACCAAGAUCUUGGCAGGAGAACUUCCAUUGUAAUCCAACUUGGCAGUCUGUGAACAAUGAUGAAGAAUCCUGUGAAU